GAAGAUGGCGGCGGCCGGGAGCACCCUUCUCUUCUUGCCGCCGGGGACUUCAGACUGAGCCUUCCCUGGAAGAGUGGGGACGGCUGGUGCCCUGCGUCCCGGGAGCCCGGACCAACUUGGUUCCUUCGUUAGUGGUGGGGAAGGGCUUAUCCUCUUGUGUAGGAUUCAGGACCUCCCCACCGUCGGGAUGAAGGCUCAGGGGGAAACCGAGGAGUCAGAGAAGCUGAGUAAGAUGAGCUCUCUCUUGGAACGGCUCCAUGCAAAAUUUAACCAAAAUAGACCUUGGAGUGAAACCAUUAAGCUUGUGCGUCAAGUCAUGGAGAAGAGGGUUGUGAUGAGUUCUGGAGGGCACCAACAUUUGGUCAGCUGUUUGGAGACUUUGCAGAAAGCUCUCAAAGUUACAUCUUUACCAGCAAUGACUGACCGCUUGGAGUCUAUAGCAAGACAGAAUGGACUGGGCUCUCAUCUCAGUGCCAGUGGCACUGAAUGUUACAUCACGUCAGAUAUGUUCUAUGUGGAAGUGCAGUUAGAUCCUGCAGGACAGCUUUGUGAUGUAAAGUGGCUCACCAUGGGAGAAUCCUGUGGUAUCUGUCCAGAACUUGUACAGCAGCUAAGGGAAAAAAAUUUUGAUGAAUUUUCUAAGCACCUUAAGGGUCUUGUUAAUCUUUAUAACCUUCCAGGGGACAACAAACUGAAGACUAAAAUGUACUUGGCGCUCCAAUCCUUAGAGCAGGAUCUAUCUAAGAUGGCAGUUAUGUAUUGGAAAGCAACCAAUGCUGGUCCCUUGGAUAAGAUUCUUCAUGGAAGUGUUGGCUAUCUUACUCAAGAAGUGGGAGGUCAUUUAAUGAACUUGAAGUACUAUGCCUCUCCCUCUGACCUACUGGAUGAUAAGACUACAUCUCCCAUCAUUUUGCAUGAGAAUAAUGUUAGCCUUCCUCGUUCAUUGGGCAUGAACGCAUCAGUGACAAUUGAAGGAACGUCUGCUAUGUAUAAACUCCAAUUGCACCCAUUAAUUAUGGGGUCACAUCCAGUUGACAACAAAUGGACCCCCUCCUUCUCCUCCAUCACCAGUGCCAACAGUGUUGAUCUUCCUGCCUGUUUCUUCUUGAAAUUUCCCCAGCCAAUCCCAGUAUCUAGAGCAUUUGUUCAGAAACUUCAGAACUGCACAGGAAUUCCAUUGUUUGAAACUCAACCAACUUAUGUACCCCUCUAUGAACUGAUCACUCAAUUUGAGCUGUCAAAGGACCCUGACCCCAUACCUUUGAAUCACAACAUGCGAUUUUAUGCUGCUCUUCCAGGUCAGCAGCACUGCUAUUUCCUCAACAAGGAUGCUCCUCUUCCAGAUGGCAGAAGUCUACAGGGAGCUCUAGUUAGCAAAAUCACCUUUCAGCACCCUGGCCGAGUUCCUCUUAUCCUAAGUCUGAUCAGACAUCAAGUGGCCUAUAACACCCUAAUAGGAAGUUGUGUCAAAAGAACUAUUCUGAAAGAAGAUUCUCCUGGCCUCCUCCAAUUUGAAGUGUGUCCUCUCUCAGAGUCCCGUUUCAGCGUAUCUUUUCAGCACCCUGUGAAUGACUCCCUGGUGUGUGUGGUAAUGGAUGUACAGGACUCAACACAUGUGAGCUGUAAACUGUACAAGGGGCUGUCAGAUGCACUCAUCUGCACAGAUGACUUCAUUGCCAAAGUUGUUCAAAGAUGUAUGUCCAUCCCUGUGACGAUGAGGGCUAUUCGGAGGAAAGCUGAAACCAUUCAGGCCGACACCCCAGCACUGUCCCUCAUUGCAGAGACAGUUGAAGACAUGGUGAAAAAGAACCUGCCCCCGGCUAGCAGCCCAGGGUAUGGCAUGACCACAGGCAACAACCCAAUGAGUGGUACCACUACACCAACCAACACCUUUCCGGGGGGUCCCAUUACCACCUUGUUUAAUAUGAGCAUGAGCAUCAAAGAUCGGCAUGAGUCGGUGGGCCAUGGGGAGGACUUCAGCAAGGUGUCUCAGAACCCAAUUCUUACCAGUUUGUUGCAAAUCACAGGGAACGGGGGGUCUACCAUUGGCUCGAGUCCGACCCCUCCUCAUCACACGCCGCCACCUGUCUCUUCGAUGGCCGGCAACACCAAGAACCACCCGAUGCUCAUGAACCUUCUUAAAGAUAACCCUGCCCAGGAUUUCUCAACCCUUUAUGGAAGCAGCCCUUUAGAAAGGCAGAACUCUUCUUCCGGCUCACCCCGGAUGGAAAUAUGCCCGGGAAGCAACAAGACAAAGAAGAAGAAGUCAUCAAGAUUACCACCUGACAAACCCAAACACCAGACUGAAGAUGACUUUCAGAGGGAGCUAUUUUCAAUGGAUGUUGACUCACAGAACCCUAUCUUUGAUGUCAACAUGACAGCAGACACGCUGGAUACACCACAUAUCACUCCAGCUCCAAGCCAGUGUAGUACUCCCCCAACAACUUACCCACAACCAGUACCUCACCCCCAACCCAGUAUUCAAAGGAUGGUCCGACUAUCCAGUUCAGACAGCAUUGGCCCAGAUGUAACUGAUAUCCUUUCAGACAUUGCAGAAGAAGCCUCUAAGCUUCCCAGCACUAGUGAUGAUUGCCCACCCAUUGGUACCCCUGUUCGAGAUUCUUCAAGCUCUGGACAUUCUCAGAGUGCCCUCUUUGACCCUGAUGUCUUUCAAACCAAUAAUAAUGAAAAUCUAACAGAUCCAGCUGACCUAAUUGCAGAUGCUGCUGGAAGCCCUAGUAGUGACUCUCCUACCAAUCAUUUUUUUCCUGAUGGAGUAGAUUUUAAUCCUGAUUUGUUGAACAGCCAGAGCCAAGGUGGUUUUGGAGAAGAAUAUUUUGAUGAAAGCAGCCAAAGUGGAGAUAAUGAUGACUUCAAAGGAUUUGCAUCUCAGGCGCUAAAUACUCUGGGGGUGCCAAUGCUUGGAGGUGAUAAUGGGGAGACUAAGUUUAAAGGCAAUAGCCAAGCUGACACAGUUGAUUUCAGUAUUAUAUCAGUGGCUGGUAAGGCUUUGGGUCCUGCAGAUCUUAUGGAGCAUCAUAGUGGUAGCCAGAGUCCUUUACUGACUACUGGGGACUUAGGGAAAGAAAAGACUCAAAAGCGAGUAAAGGAGGGCAAUGGCACCAGUAAUAGUAGUCUGUCAGGGCCAGGAUUAGAUAGCAAACCAGGGAAGCGCAGUCGGACCCCUUCUAAUGAUGGCAAAAGCAAAGAUAAACCUCCAAAGCGGAAGAAGGCGGACACUGAAGGAAAGUCUCCGUCUCACAGUUCUUCUAACCGACCUUUCACCCCACCUACCAGUACGGGCGGAUCCAAAUCUCCAGGCAGUUCAGGAAGAUCGCAGACUCCCCCAGGUGUUGCCACACCACCUAUUCCCAAAAUCACUAUUCAGAUUCCUAAAGGCACCGUGAUGGUGGGCAAGCCCUCCCACAGUCAGUAUACCAGCAGUGGCUCUGUGUCUUCCUCAGGCAGUAAAAGCCACCAUAGCCAUUCUUCCUCCUCCUCUUCCUCCUCUUCGGCUUCCAACUCAGGCAAGAUGAAAAGCAGUAAAUCAGAAAGUUCCUCAAGUUCCAAGUUAAGUAGCAGUGUAUAUUCUAGCCAAGGGUCUUCUGGAUCUAGCCAGUCCAAAAAUUCAUCCCAGUCCGGGGGGAAACCAGGCUCCUCUCCCAUUACCAAGCAUGGACUGAGCAGUGGCUCCAGCAGCACUAAGAUGAAACCUCAAGGGAAGCCAUCAUCACUUAUGAAUCCUUCUUUAAGUAAACCAAACAUAUCCCCUUCUCAUUCAAGGCCACCUGCGGGCUCUGAUAAGCUUGCCUCUCCAAUGAAGGCUGUUCCUGGGACUCCCCCAUCCUCUAAAGCCAAGUCCCCCAUCAGUUCAGGUUCUGGUGGUUCUCAUAUGUCUGGAACUAGUUCAAGCACUGGUAUGAAGUCAUCUUCAGGGUUAGGAUCUUCAGGCUCAUUGUCUCAGAAAACUCCCCCAUCAUCUAAUUCUUGUACAGCAUCUUCCUCUUCCUUUUCCUCAAGUGGCUCUUCCAUGUCUUCCUCUCAGAACCAGCAUGGGAGUUCCAAAGGGAAAUCUCCCAGCAGAAAUAAGAAGCCAUCCUUAACAGCUGUCAUAGAUAAACUGAAGCAUGGGGUUGUCACCAGUGGCCCUGGAGGUGAAGACCCAAUGGAUGGCCAGAUGGGGGUGAGCACAAAUUCUUCUAGCCAUCCUAUGUCCUCCAAACAUAACAUGUCAGGAGGAGAGUUCCAGGGUAAGCGUGAGAAAAGUGAUAAAGAAAAAUCCAAGGUUUCCACCUCGGGAGGUUCAGUGGAUUCGUCUAAGAAGACCUCAGAGUCAAAAAAUGUGGGGAGCACAGGUGUGGCAAAAAUUAUCAUCAGCAAGCAUGAUGGGGGUUCUCCCAGCAUUAAAGCCAAAGUGACUUUGCAGAAACCUGGGGAAAGUAGUGGAGAAGGGCUCAGGCCUCAGUUGGCCUCUUCCAAAAACUAUGGCUCUCCACUCAUCAGUGGUUCCACUCCAAAACAUGAGCGUGGCUCUCCUAGCCAUAGUAAGUCACCAGCAUAUACCCCCCAGAAUCUGGACAGUGAAAGUGAAUCAGGCUCCUCCAUAGCAGAAAAAUCUUAUCAGAACAGUCCCAGCUCAGAUGAUGGUAUCCGACCUCUUCCAGAAUAUAGCACAGAAAAGCAUAAGAAGCACAAAAAAAAGAAAAAAGUAAAAGACAAAGAUCGAGACCGGGACCGGGACAAAGACCGGGACAAGAAAAAAUCUCAUAGCAUCAAGCCAGAGAGUUGGUCUAAAUCACCCAUCUCUUCAGACCAGUCCUUGUCUUUGACAAGCAACACAAUUUUAUCUACAGACAGGCCCUCAAGGCUCAGCCCUGACUUUAUGAUUGGGGAGGAAGAUGACGAUCUUAUGGAUGUGGCCCUGAUUGGCAAUUAGGAACCUUACUUUUUAAGACAAAAAUGGCCAGAGAAAAACUAAUAAGUUUAUAGGCAAACCACCAUAAGGGGUGAGUCAGGUCUGAUUUUGUGUUCAAGAAUCUUAAAUGGCAUGGCUUUGACACCGAGCUGGGUGAAUUUAGAAAGGCAUAGCCAGACCCUACUAAAGAGACCAUAGGGUUUGAUUCUGGUUACCAAGAAUCACUUUUUCCUUUGCCAGAGAAAAAAAGAGAAAAAAAAAAGUUAAAAUACUUGCUUAUGAAA